CGGGAAGAAGCGCGAGAGCGCACGAGAACUCCCCUGCAGCAACAAAUACAAAAAUCAAAACCCAUCUCUUGCGCUUAGGCGGUCUGGGGGCGCCAUGGAAGUAUCCAGCCACAGCCUGUUCCUCCUGCAGCAACUGAACAUCCAGCGGGAGUUUGGCUUCCUCUGCGACUGCACCGUUGCAAUUGGAAAUGUCUACUUCAAGGCGCACCGUGCUGUCCUGGCUGCCUUCUCUAACUACUUCAAGAUGAUCUUCAUCCACCAGUCCAGUGAGUGCAUCAAGAUCCAACCCACGGACAUUCAGCCAGACAUCUUCAGCUACCUGCUGCACAUCAUGUACACAGGCAUGGGCCCCAAGCAGCAGGUGGACCAGAGCCGACUUCAGGAGGGCAUCAAGUUCCUGCAUGCCUACCGGCUGUACCGCAGCGGAGGACAGAGCGGCCAGGAUGCCCACGCCGCAAAGAUGUCCAACCUCUAUGGCAUCCAGAUCUCCCAGUCGGCAGCCAAAGACGGCCUGGGCCUGAAGGAGGCCCAGUCGCACGGCCUGGAUAAGGAGCACGCCGCGGGCCAGGCUGAGCGGCCCCAAGCCCAACUGUCCCUGGCCGUGGGCCUAGAGGGGACAUCCUCGGACAGACGGCACCCGAACCUGCACGGCUCGUCCUCCGCGGCCUCCUGGGAGGACACGGAGACCUCCGACCUCUCGCUGAGGAUCAAGAAGGAGACGGUGGAGAUGGAGGUGUCAGGUAAGCCCCAGACCAGCUCCCCCGUCACGGAGAGCCGCAGCCUGGGCCUCAUCAAGGACGGCCCCCAGGUACUCUAUUGCCAAUACUGCGGGGAGCGCUGCUGCUCGCGCCAGGGCCUGCGGGAGCACCUCUUUGCCCACGCCACCAGCUCCCUGCCCUUCAGCGUGCCCGCAGCCAUCUUGGAGAGUGGCGACCUGGAGGAGGUGUCCAAGAUCAGGGAGGAGCUGGAGGGCCUGGAGCAAGGCUGCGCGUCGGAAAAGAGCCCCGGCCUGCCGGAGCGGCGGGAGGCACCGGGCCUGGAGGAGGCGCUGAGGCAGAGCCGGGCCCUGUCCGAGGAGCUGGCGGCUGAACUGAAGGGCAGCGCCAGCCCCGGCUCCCGCAAGAGGAAGAUCGCAUGCGCCAUCUGCAGCCUCAGGUUCGCCCAGAAGAGCCAGCUGCAGGAGCACAUGUACACCCACACGGGGAAACACACCCGCUACCACCGCUACAAUCGCUUCUGCAGCCAGCUGAUCCAGGCGUCCCAGCACUUCUGCGAGAGCCAGGCGGAGUUAGCAGCCGAGGAUGCUGGCAGGGACGCUCAGGACAAUGUCAGCUCCUGCUACUCGCUAGACUCUGAGGUCUCCCAAGAAAGCAUUGAUACUGCUGUCGUAGAGUGAAAUCAAACCAAAACCACUUGCCAGUACUGUGUCCUGGGACAAUUUCUAGGUACUCACCUAUUUAUGACACAUAAAUUUAGUUACCCUUUAGACUUUAUUUCCUGUAAACAUAGCUUCCAAUCAUGUUACAUGACCAAUGCCCUGUUUUGUCUCUCUUUCGGUGUGUGUUCCUUGAAGUUGUUGUAGGGUUCAAUGUAUGUUUUCUCAACAGUCAAAGCUACUAAAUUGUGUAAAACAGCUUGUAAAUCUUUUUCAUUUCUCAGGUUCAUUCCAGCAGCUAGUUUCAGUUUUGGGGUCAAAAUGUAUUGUUUAUUGAUGCAUGAAAAGUAAAAAGUCUUCCUGAAAUUAGUUGAGUUAAUUAUAUUAACAUGCACAUUAUCCAAGCUUUAAGAAGUAUUUUUAUUAAUGUACUGAUAAAUAAUUGACACAAGGUCGAUUUUAUUUGAAAAUGAACCAAAAACAAUACCGUUUUCAAAGAUGGGAAUGUCUGUCUUGACUAACCAAGUCACAACAUUGUGAAAUGAUUGUUUAUUAAUAAGUUCUCAUUUUCUUUUCUUGUUCAGGGAGUACACGUUUUGCUGUGGUAGUUCAGCAAUUUGUUGUAGGCCUAGUUCUUUUAAAUAUGGCUGGAGCAGUGGAGCCUUAAGACCCCUUUCAAAAUGGCACUCUUUUUGCAGUUAUACCAUUGGAACCAUCGAAGCGGUUUCCCUACUGAAAAUCGUGUUUUGAACAUGUUUGUAUCUUAGUUUCAUAAAAGCUACUGUAAAAAAAACUAGUUAGUCAGUAGUGAAACCUGUUUAAGUUCUAUUAAAUUUGUGCUUUUCACUGCAGUCAUUUUCCUCAUGGAUGACAAAGUUCAUUGGACUGGAGGUCAACUGUUUCCUGAAAACGCUGCCAUUCAAAUAUUUACAUUAUUAUUCUGAACCCAGGCUUUAUUCAGGUGUAUUGCAUAUGUGCAUUUCAGUCUGUAUUUGGACAGUGACACAGGUUUUGCUGUUUUGGCUCUGUACUCCAGCACAUUGGUCAUCUUGGAGUCUUCUUGAUCUGUUUGACAGCUGAAAAGGGGUUUUUCUUCACAGCUGAAAGUAUUCUUCUGCUAUCCACAUCUGUGGUCUUUUGUGAUGUACCAGGUUGUUUGCUAUUACUGAGCUCACCUGUGCGUUCUUGCUUCCUAACAAUGCAGCAAACAGUUGAUUUUGACUUGGCUAUGUCUCUGUCUCUGAUAAAUUUUUCUGAUUUUUCAGCUUCAUGAUGGCCUGCUUUACUGGCAUUGAUUCUUCUUUGAUCCUCAUGUUGAGAAACAACAGCAACAUACUCCAAAUGCACAUGCCACACCUAGAAUCAGCUCUAGGCUCUAGAGCUCUAGAAUCAGCUGGCCAAGAAACAGCUGAUCAGUCAAUUGUUCAAUUACUUUUGGUUCCCUAAAAUGGAAGAAUUAUGUAUAAAAAGGGCUAUAUGAUGUAAAUACCCUAGAAUUAAAGCUGACAGUCUUCCUUUUGCCCAUUAAUGGUUUCAUUUCAAAUACAAUGUGCUGGUGUACACAGCUAAAACAAAAAUUGUGUUACUGUUCGCAUAUUUACAGACUGCACUGCAUAUAUUGUAAAAGUCCCAUUGGAUGUUUAUGAAGACCAUUUUCUUGUAUUUGUUUCAUUUAUAUCUAUGUUAUUGUAAGCGUGAUCUAUCAUUAGUUUUAUCUAAUGGUUUCUCAGUGGUUAUCCGAAGCCCCAUUUAAUCUCAUUUAAGUUUUGGAAAACAGUAGUAUGCCACACACAUCUGCACUCACUACAUUUGCAUGAUAAAUGCAAAAUAUGGUUUUACAUAUGACCUGUGAAAAUGCUUAUCCAACUAAAAUAGAAAGUUUUAUUAUUCCCAGCAUUGUUGAGGAAUAAAGUCCAUGUUCACUGUAAGUCAGUAAUAUUCACAUAAAUCCCUUGUCAUCAGUCUGAGUUUGAAUACCCUUUCUUCUUUAGUUAGUUAUUUAAAUUCAAAUUUAUAGCUACUUCUCAUGCACUUGGGAGUUAACAAAAAUGAAAUUGAAAACACAUGGAUGUAUUUAAUUCCCCUCAAACAUGCAAUUAACAUGGCCAAAAUGAGAUGAUAUUUUUGACUGCAUGGAGUCUUUAAUUUUAACAUCAGCACAGUGAAUCUGUUCUCUAGCUAUGAAAUGCGUACUGCAGUUUUCUUGUCACAUUAGAAUAAAUGCAAUAGGAACUCACUCUUGUCAAAUAGUACUAAGUGUAAUGUGACCUGAAGAAAACAGUGCUUUGUAAGUAAAAUUCUUUUUGUAUUAAGUCAAUGUCUGAUUUGUACUGCUAACUGACAGAAUUAUGAUAAAAACAGCAAUAUUUUAUACCAUCCUUUACUUUAUAUGAUACCUAAAGUACUGAAAUUCUCUAAACCUAAUGGCAUACCUUUUUCAUUUGAAAUUAAGUGUAAAAAUUUGAAGAGAAACAAUUUGCCACUUCUCAUAAUUAAGGGUUAGAGACUUAUACAUUUUAAGUCAACUGAUUUUGGCUCUAAAUAUUUUUGAAUGUUUUAAAAAGAUGAAUAAGAGCAUUGGUGUACAGCAAAGCAAAAUUAUCAGGAAAUAUUCAAUGUAAUAUUCUGACUCUUGUCACAGGACAAGAUCUUUAUUUGUAGUGAUAAUAUCUUGCCACUAGAGGGAUGCUUAUGACCAGGACAGAUUCUUGCUGAGUCUGUAUUUCCAGUUCUCAGCAUUUCAAAAUUACAGGAAAGGUAAAUGGUGAUAGGUGACGAUAUAAAUGACAUAGUUCAAAUGUCGCUGCAGCCUCCUACCAUAAGGCUUAUGCACUGGUGCAUUGUGUUGGUCAAAAGACAUUCAUUCAGUUCAUUAGUGUUAUUGUUUUGACUGUGCCAGGCUUCCUUUGAAGGCCCCUUAUUGUGGUUUUGUUUUUAAAUUAUAUGAUGUCUUGUCAACAAUAUGUUUUGUGUAUUUUUCACCAAAACGAUUAAAGUAAUGUCCUUGA